UUUAUUUUUAUUAUUACAUGGAAUAAAUAUGUCAGUUGUGUGAUGUGUAAUAUUAGAUUUUUACUCUAAUCUACACGAAGCACGAACCAUAAUUGCUUGUAUUGAGUAAGCCGGUAGCAAUUGUUUACUGUAAAUAUUCCGAACUAUGGACGAUCAAGGCUGUCCACGAUGUAAAACAACGAAGUAUAGAAAUCCAUCGUUAAAGUUGAUGGUAAAUGUUUGCGGCCACACAUUGUGCGAAAGUUGUGUCGAGCUGCUGUUUUUAAAAGGAUCCGGCUCAUGUCCUGAAUGUAAUGUAGCUUUACGACGCAGUAAUUUUCGGGUGCAACUAUUUGAGGAUUCGAAAGUUGACAAAGAAAUUCAAAUUAGGAAAAGAAUUAUGAGAGAUUUCAAUAAAAAGGAAGAUGAUUUUAGCUCGUUGGAUGAAUAUAACGACUAUUUGGAGAUGAUCGAAGAAAUCGUAUUCAAUCUUUGCAAUAACAUCGACAUUAUUAAUACUAACAAACGCAUUGAACAGUACAAAAAAGAUAACCGAGACCUUAUUCUCAAAAACAAAACCAAACUAAGCAAAGAUGAGAUAGAGCUGGAACAACUAAUCGAAAUUGAAAAGGAACAAUCGGAGCAGCGUAAGAAAGAGUUGAGCAUGAUUGAAGCAGAAAUGCGCAAACAAAAGGCCAAGAAUAAAGAGGAUCUGAUUGAUUCAUUAAUGGCAAGUUACGAAGAUGCUAGUGCAAUCGUAGAUAAAUUUGCGCAGCGAGCUGAAAAGCAACAAAUACCGCUACCAAAACCAAUAGCUCCUCCGCCGCCAAAGCAAACCCAUUUUUCCACCGGUAUCAAAUUUCAAUCACAACACGGAUUUCUUCCAGUACCAAAGGUUGAAGAAGGUCCCUGUUACACUUAUGAAGUUCAAAUAUUUCCUAAAGAAGGGCCAAUCCCACCGUCUCUGGUUGAUGUCCAAAAUAAUGGUUACAUGGCAUUUAUAAGACCACAAACAUUAGCCGAACAAGCAGGUGGUUUCAACACGAAUAUAUCUUGUCUAAGGGCCAUUCAAGAUGCGUUAGUUGGACUGUAUCAUGGCUGUUGAUAUUUGCUGAUUGUUGAUUAUAUUUUUUUCAUAAAAAAACUUACAUAGAA